AGUUUGCUCAUUAUAAAAACAACUCUUGUCCAUGCAGAAAUACAAUCAAUCACUUCUUUUUCAUCUUCUUCAAACACGAAACAUUUUCUCCAAGUUCUUCUUUCUUUAAUAAUUUGGACACAAAAGGCCUUAGCAGCCAGUGAGAAUUAUCCGGUGAUCUAAACAAUGGCGACUCCGGCAUGGAGUCAUGCCAGUGGUCAAUGGGUAGUAGCCAUGUUGGCGUUACUCGUUGGCUCGGCAAUAGCUACCGAACCUUACUAUUAUAACUCUCCGCCACCACCAUAUGAAUAUAAAUCUCCUCCCCCUCCGGUUAAGUCUCCUCCACCUCCUUAUGAAUAUAAAUCUCCUCCCCCUCCGGUUAAGUCUCCUCCACCACCGUAUUACUACCAUUCACCGCCGCCGCCGGUGAAAUCCCCUCCUCCUCCUUAUGUAUACCAGUCUCCUCCUCCUCCGGUGAAGUCUCCACCACCACCUUAUUACUACCACUCUCCACCACCACCCGUGAAGUCUCCUCCCCCUCCUUAUGUAUAUAGCUCUCCUCCUCCUCCGGUUAAGUCUCCACCACCACCAUAUUACUAUCACUCUCCUCCUCCUCCGGUGAAGUCUCCACCACCACCGUAUUAUUACCACUCUCCUCCACCACCAGUGAAAUCUCCUCCUCCUCCUUACUAUUAUCAUUCUCCACCACCUCCGGUGAAAUCUCCACCACCACCAUAUUACUAUCACUCACCACCUCCUCCACUGAAGUCUCCCCCACCCCCUUAUUACUACCAUUCCCCACCACCUCCGGUAAAAUCUCCACCACCACCUUACUACUAUCAUUCUCCACCUCCUCCAGUGAAGUCUCCUCCACCACCAUAUUACUACCACUCUCCUCCUCCUCCGGUAAAGUCUCCACCACCACCGUAUUACUACCACUCUCCUCCUCCUCCCGUCAAAUCUCCACCACCUUACUACUACCACUCUCCUCCUCCUCCAGUCAAAUCUCCACCACCACCUUAUUACUACCACUCUCCUCCUCCUCCGGUCAAAUCUCCUCCACCUCCAUACUACUACCACUCACCGCCUCCUCCAGUGAAAUCACCACCCCCACCUUACUAUUACUCAUCCCCACCACCACCAAAGUCUUACCCUCCACCAUACUACUACUCAUCUCCACCACCACCACCAAAGUCAUACUCCCCACCGUACUACUACUCAUCGCCACCACCUCCGGUGUCAUACCCUCAUCCUCAGCCACAUCCACAUCCACUUGUCUUCAAAGUUAUUGGUAAAGUGUAUUGUUACAGAUGUUAUGACUGGACUUACCCCAAAAAGUCCCACGAUAAGAAGCAUCUCAAAGGUGCUGUUGUGGAAGUGACUUGUAAGGCCGGUGACAAGACAGUGAAGGCGUACGGGAAGACCAAGAUCAACGGUAAAUACGCAAUCACCGUUAAGGGAUACGACUACCGUAAAUACGGUGGCGAAGUCUGCACGGCCAAGCUCCACGCUCCACCUAAGGGCUCGCCAUGUAACAUUCCUACAAGUUACCAUUUGGGAAACAAAGGUGCUAAACUCCAUGUGAAAUCAAAGACAAAGUACGAGGUUGUGCUUUAUGCUAAGUCCUUUGCUUAUGCAUCUAAGAAACCUUACGGAGAAUGCCACAAGCCGGCUCCUUACCAUCCUCCUUACUACUACAAGUCUCCACCACCACCUUCUCCAGUUUACUACUACAAGUCUCCACCACCACCAACUCCGACUUAUAUCUAUAAAUCACCACCUCCUCCAACUCCGACUUAUGUCUACAAAUCACCACCUCCACCAACCCCUACA